CUACGGUCCCUCACUGUGUGUCUAGCUACGUCAACUGCGCAUAUUCAAUCAUAGUGUGAAACCGGUUGUCUGUCACUACACAGAGGUACCUGUUUGCUGUUUUUCCACUGAUUUUUCAGAAGUAGCCAUUAAUAGGAGGUUGGGGAAGUAAAGCCGCAGGAAAAUGUCGAAGCGACGGAUCACCCAGGAAACAUUUGACGCUGUUGUCCGGGAAAACAUGGAGGAGUUUGAGAUGGAUCCAGAUGAGGCUCUGAGGGAAGCAGUGGAGCAGUUUGAGUCUCAGGGUGUGGAUCUCAGUUGCAUAGUGCAGGUUGUACCAAUGGGGUCAUCUGAUGACAGUCAAGGAGAGCAAACGCAUGAGGUCUUACAGGCUUUGGAAUCUCUCAGGGUUGGAAAGGACACCGCUGCCCUACCUGAUGUGACAGCAGACAUAAAAUGCUUCACUGAGCAGUGCUCACUUGGAUUUGCGCGGAGGUACCUGGCUGCUCAGAAAGGCGCGUACCCCAUCGUCCUCUCCUACUGCAAAAAGAACAUGGAGGAGCAGGAUUCUGCCCUUGCUGCGCUGUCUGCUCUGGCAGCGCUGACAGAUGGACAGCCAGACCUGUUGGACGAGGAAGGACGGCAGUUCCUUUUAGAUGUUCUUCAGAAGUACCAGGUAGAUUCCUCGGUGACGUGUGCCGCCAUCUGUGUGGUGCGUCACUGCUGCAUAAAACAUGAGCAGAACAGGCAGGAUCUGGUUAAAGGUGGCGUCCUGCCGCUGCUGACUGGUGCCAUAACACGACACAGUGGAUCCGCUGAGCUUGUUAAAGAGGCCUCGUCUGCUCUCAGGGUCAUAACCUUUGAUGACGAUGUCCGAGUUACUUUUGGGCACGCUCAUGAACACGCCAAGAGUAUUGUCCUCGAGCACAGUGGACUGAAGAUUUUAAUUGAGGCUGCAAAAGCUCACCUUAGCAACACUUCUGUUCUGAGCGAACUGUGUGCAACUUUAUCCCGACUGGCUGUCAGGAAUGAGUUUUGUCAAGACAUCUGUGAUCUGGGAGGAUUAAAAUUCAUGAUGACUUUACUUGCAGACAGCUACGAGUCACCGGAGUUGGUGCGGCAGGUCCUUAGUGCCAUACGUGCAAUAGCAGGAAAUGACGAUGUGAAGGACGCGGUUGUAAACGCUGGUGGUGUUGACCUUAUUGUUAUUGCCAUGAACCGACAUACGAGCAACCCUGCUGUCUGUGAGCAGGGCUGUGCAUGCCUCUCUGUUCUUGCCUUACGAAAACCCAACAACUGUAAUGUCAUCAUGGAGAACGGAGCUGCCAUUGCCGCCGUGCAGGCAAUGAAGACUCAUCCUGAUGCAGCGAAUGUACAGAAACAAGCAUGCAUGCUGAUUAGAAACCUUGUUGCAAGAAUGCCUAACUACAGCCUGCAAAUCCUGGAGCUGGGAGCAGAAGGUCUGAUAGCUCGGGCUGUGCAGACACAUGAGGACUGUGGUGAUGUGGGUAAAGCUGCUCUCAGAGAUCUGGGUUGCAAAGUGGAGCUUCGAGAGCUGUGGACUGGGAAACAUGGCAGCAUCGCCAACUAAGAGUGGAGUAAAACAACAGUACAGAUGUUACAACUUUAAUAUCUGCAGAAAAUGCUGUAAGAUUGCUGCACUGUGCUCAUGGACAAUAAUUGAAUACAAAUAAAACCUACCUGGCUACGAUGUUGAUGUUGGUAGAGUGAAACGCAGUGCAAAAGGAUUUUGUAUAGCUUUUGUUCUUUUUGUUUUAUUUCUUCCAUUUUUAUGUUCAUGAGAUAUUCGUUUUAGGGCUUUCUUCUUGAAUUUGCUGUGUAGCACUGUAAUAAAUUUGCUCCUAUGUUGGCUGAACCACAUUUCUAACACCAAUUGAAUGCCUUAUACUACUUUAUUUAUAGUUUGUGAUUUCUUUAUCUUUUUAUUCUUAUUUUUAAGCAUCUCGAUAUUAUACAGUUUUGCUUUUUGCGAGCAUUUUUAAUUGGUGUUUCAGUGACUAUUCAUAAAACAACCAUUUCCAAACAUUCCCUGUAUAAAAAAAAGUAAACAAAUGUAACAAAAGUA